GUUGGGGAGGUCUCGCAUCAGUCGGACUGAAGGAAAGUGUGAAGGCGGCCACUGAGGACGUCCCGUCUUUACUUAUCGAUCAGUUUAUUGAUUUGUCUUUUGCUUCUCCUACCGUCUGCUGUCGACGCUUUAAUGAGCGUCAUUUCGCCUGUGGAUGAAGUUUUCUUCUCGCUGCACAGACACAAUGUGACCAUGUGAGAGGCUGUUUUAUCCUCGGACGCAUUUCGGAGUACCUUUAUUCAUCCUGGAAAAGACGGAUUUUUAAGGAUGGGCAAACUUUGGUCAAAACAUGCGUCUAGGCGCAGAGAGAACCCCGAAGGAGACAGUUUCGUCGUGAACGCCUUCCUCCGGAGAGGGAUGGAGGAAUGUGAGAGGUACAGCGCAACAGACCACAAACUGAAAAACAUGCAGGGGUUUCCAAAUGCUGAACUGAAGGAAGGACAAUUCGUGGACCAACACUGUCCCCUAGAGGCGUCUUUUCCCCAGGAGAAGGCCGAGGGCUGUGAAAGCUACCUGCAGUUCCUGCACGCCGAGGACGGAGAGAAGGAACCUCCGAGAGACGCCACUAAAACUUCGGGGAAGAAACGUAUCAGCGUCAACGAUGUGGAGUAUAACGUCUCUGUGGAAGAUGACAACCGUCAGGAAUGGAUCUUCACUCUUUACGACUUUGACAACAGCGGGAAAGUCACCAAAGAAGACAUGUCAAGUUUGAUGCACACCAUCUAUGACGUGGUGGACGCCUCUGUGAACCACUCCUGUCACAACAAGAGCAAGACUCUGCGCGUGAAGCUGACCGUCACUCCAGAGCCGAGGAGCCACAGAAGAGACGCAGGAACAGAUCGCUUGCACCACGAUGAGGGCCGUCCGUCCGACAAGCGUCUCUCCUCAUACCUCAGUAGCAAGGGGCAGAGCGGUGAGCCUCAGGCCCCUGAGGGUCAGCAUUACUGCGUGGAUGAAAACACAGAGAGGAGGAAUCACUAUCUGGACCUGGCUGGUAUUGAGAACUACACGUCCAGGUUUGAAGGAACCAACCCAGUCUUCCCUGCUCAGGAGACUCACGUUCGUAGCUCACAAAGCCAGAGUCGCUCUCGCUCCCAUGAGCCAGAAGCCCAGGCUGUUCACCACCGUCGCUCCCAGGUCAUCGGCGAAAGCUACAACCCUGCAGAGCCUCGAGCGAAAGGCGCACAGUUCCUCAAAUCCCCCAAAGGAGCCUACAAGGGAGGUGGAGGGAACAACGGAGGUGGCAAAUCCAACAAGUGCCACGGUUACCAUCCCCCCGGCCAAACGAUGCCGCACGGUGGCAACACUGCCGGCCACGGGGGUCAGGAUGUGUACCACCUGCCGCACCAAGCGCAGCCCUCGGGCCACCACCAGCACCCGCUGCAGCACAGUCACAGCAAACGGCUGAAGGCCAGAGCUCGCGAUUCCAUGUCCCCGACCAAAACCCCCCUGAGCCCUCAGUCCCACCACCAACAGCAGCCCGCCAUGCCAGGCGUGGAGAGGGAGCAGGCCGCCGCUGGUCCUCCCGGGAGCCCGGGGAUGGUGGUCCCUGUGGUGCAGCGCCAUGAGCAUCACCAUCACCAUGAACACCAUCACCACCACCACUACCACCACUACCACCAGACAUGACAGCCUUUUAUAUAUAUUUAUACAUAGUGACUGAAACCAUUACAGGACCAACCACCUAAUUCUGAAGGACUAAUCCUAUGGAAACGGCUCACAGUCCAUUCGAGGAUCUCCGAAUCCUCCUGGAGACUCUGCAGAUGUAUCCUGAGACGCUGUACUGAACUGAGAAGGUGUCUGAUGGUCAGCCGUAUCCGCUCGGCGGGAUGUCAGUGUCUGAUUUCAAACAAAAAACUUACGUGGUACAGUUUUUCAGUGUUUUCUCUAGAUGCUCUACUUGAAAGCCUGCACUCCUUCCACACAUUUAUCAAGGGAUCCAGCGAAGAAGAAAAUCAGACGACUUCUGUUGUGUUACUCCUCAGUCAAAGUCUUUUAAAGCUACAGUAUUUGUCCGAAUAGUUGUUGUUCUGUGCGAGACUUUUCCACAUCUCAGGUGUAAAGGUGCUGCUGCUCUCAAGCUUUUCACAGAAGCCCCACUUUCACGGGCCCUGGAGGGGCUUCCUGUUUGGGUUUGUGUGCUUAGGGGGGCCGGG